UGGACGAUUCCAUCACCGAAGUCAGAUCCCACCCCGCAGACAACCGAGUACAAUAAUUCCAAUAAUUCCCGCAUCGCGGUCAUACCGCAGAGAGAGAGCACGAUGCCGGUCGAUUAUAGCAAAUGGGAUGCGCUCGAGCUUAGCGAUGACUCGGACAUCGAGGUGCAUCCCAAUGUCGACAAGCGGUCCUUCAUCCGCGCGAAGCAGCACCAGAUCCACAUGGAGCGCCAGCAGCGCAAGCGCCAGAUCGAGACGCUCAAGUAUGAGCGGAUCAUCAACGACACUCUGAUGAGGCGGAUCCAGGGGCUUAUCGACCGCCUGAAAGCCCAUGCGUCCGAGGCAAAGUCGGGAAACCCGGGAGAGGUGGCCUUCCGGGCCGUCAUGGAGUCGGCGGCCGGGCUGGACCCCAAGGACGACCAGCCGCCCCCGCGCCCGGAGGGCGUCCACGAGGCCGAGGAGCCGCAGCCGACGUAUACCAAGAUGAUGGCCACCCUCCUGGAUCAGGUCAACAAGACGCUGGACGAGAAGAAGGUCGGACAGGAUGGCCGAUACGACGCCAUGGUGGCCGAGAUCGAGGAACACCUCAGGAAGGUCAACAACCUGCAGGAGGAGCUGAUCAAGAAGCUCACCGACCUGGAGAAGCAAGAGAAGAGCAAGAUCACCAGCGAGGACAUCCACACGGGCUUCGACAGCUCCUUCAUCAACAAGAAACCCUCCUCCACCUCCGGCGGCUCGGGGGCUGGCAAGGGCUCCUCCUCCCAGGUCGAACUCCUCAACCCGAACUACGCCGACGCCACCUCCCUCCCCGCCGGGUCCGGGUCCGGGUCCGGCUCCGGCUCCAAAUCGGGCGGCGGCGGCGACGACGACGAUGAGGUCAGCGCCUCCCCGCUGGCGCGCCAGUUUGCCCAGAUCAAGGCCAGCUCGUACCGCGACUCGCACGCCUUCCUCAACGAGCACCCGGAGAUCCUGACGGAGAAGGAGACGGACGGGCUGCUCGUCAUGGCCUUUGACGCGCAGCUCGAGAACCGGUCCGACUUCGCGCGCAACUGCGUGCACCAGGCGCUCCUGCUGCAGUACUGCCGCGCCCUCGGGCGCGACGGCGUCGCCCUCUUCUUCAAGCGCAUCACCACGCCCGGCCACCAGGCCCAGGAGGUGUUCUACAAGGACGUGCAGGACACGUACACGCGCAUCCGCAACCGCACGCGCGAGAUCCUCGCGCAGCGGGCCAAGGACGAGGCCGAGGGCAAGCAGCAAGGCGUCGAGCAGAUCCAGCUGCACGCCGUCGAGCCGGGCACCGUCAUCAACAUCCGCAUCCCCGAGGAGAACAGCGAGGACGAGGAGACGAGGAAGGGGAGGGCCAUCUUUGACGGCUUCCCGGAGGAUAUGAAGAGAGCGCUGCAGACGGGCAAGCUGGAGGAGGUGAACAAGGUCUUGGGAGAGAUGAAGGUUGAGGAGGCCGAGGAGAUAGUCGGCAAGUUGGGCGAGGCUGGCAUCCUGAGCCUCGAGGAGGAGAUCAUCGACGCGACCACCGAGGAUGGCAAGGACAAGCUGAAGAAGCUGGAGGAGAGCAAGAAACUUGAGGAGAGCAAGAAGGCGGAAGAGAACAGCGAAGCCCAGUUUGCUGACGACCCGGAGUAAGGAUUCAAUGGCGUUUAUCGGAGUUUCAACAUGCAUCUUGUCUCUGUCGUCAAUACCAUCGGUCAUUGAUUCAUCCUGCGGGUUAUCCAAGGCGUGCAGCUCUGUUUUGAUUCCCUGUCUUGAUACUUUUUAGCUACCUCUCUCAUCUCCGUGCCCUCCAGUCGAAGGAGGUCUGGCAAUGGAUGGGCUCACCAGAGCAAAGACCGAGGACCUCCGCCAGAUUCCGCCAGACCACGUUCCCAACUGCCUCCCAGCCAUUCCUUCUCUCUCCUUGCUGUUGUGUGCUCAAAGCAAGACCGUCUAUGCUACAAGCUCAGGACCAAACUUACACUUCAU